UUAGACGCUGGCGUGGGAGGAGAAUUCGGUCUUUUAUGCUUUUCAGAGUAACGCUAGUGAUGCGAAUGUCAUAGGAUAACUUACGCAUUUGUGUUGUUGUUAACUGAAAACUCAACAGUAGGGCUAGUAUAAAUUCAUCCAGAGGCUGAAAGAUAGCAAAUAACUUGGACGAAUAAUGGGAGAGGAAAUCGACUCUACUAUAAAUACAGAAGAUAACCUCACUCUUAAGGAAAAUGGAGAUGGGGACACACCAGAAAGCAAUGUGAAAUACUACACAUUGGAGGAAAUCCAAUCCCAUAAUCUCAGCAGGGACACCUGGCUUAUCAUUCACGAUAAAGUGUAUGAUAUUACGAGUUUCCUGGAAGAGCACCCAGGCGGUGAGGAGGUGUUACUGGAACAGGCUGGGGCCGAUGCAACUGAAAGCUUUGAAGAUGUUGGUCAUUCUACAGACGCCAGGGAGAUGCUGGAGCAGUAUUACCUUGGAGAGCUCCACAUGAAAGACCGUAGGAAAGAAGCAAAAAAGGACGUCUAUAUAUCAACUUCAAAUGAUUCUGGCAGUGCGUCCUGGACUACCUGGCUUAUCCCUGCAGUAGCAGCAGCUGUUGUUGGGGUCAUGUAUCGCUUCUACCUUAUGGAACACAAGUCGUCUUGAUCCUUUCCCUUUGCAGAUCCAUCAGACCUUUCUCUCAUUUGUCCAGAGGCCUUAAUAUAUUUGACUAAAUCCGCCUCAUGGUCAAGUUGAACGCACAGACACAUUCGAUGGAGCCCUUGAAUUCCAUGACAACCAGUUUUUUUGUUCUACAGAAGAGGAGACCCAUUUCAGUGCUCUCCUCCGUUUUUGUAAGACUCUGCUCUUUCCUGAGCAAGCGAUGGCUUGUUGUGUCACAAUGGUUCUAUUUGUUUGUCCUGUUUCUGAUUUCUUAUGUGCUGAUAUUCUAUCAAUUAGUAAUAACUGUGUGAGAUGAUCUCCUGUUAAAAAAAAACAACAUAAUGGUCUAAAUGUUCUAAACAGAAAACAUUUUCAGAAUUGUCUUGUUAUAUCUGGUGUCGUCAUGAGAUCUAAAAAUGAUGUGGAUGCACCAACUGAUGAGGAUGAAAGUAAGAAAAAUAGCAACAUAUUUUUUAUAACAGCAGUGUGAAGUUUGAUGUUAAAUGUAUCUAAGGUCUUCAGCUUUUAUUAUGCAUUGCUGCUAGCUUGCCGAUGGAAGAAUGGGGGGGAUUGCCUUAGUUUUAAGUUAACGUGAUCGUCUCAUCGACCGAAUCAAAUGCUCUGUUCAGAAUUAUAAGUGAGGAGUUACAUUGUUGGACGUUUUAACUGGACUAAAUUGCCUGAUUUCCGAGUUGGUCCAUAGUGGGUCUCCAAAAGCAUGUUCCCCCUCAAUAGGUUAGCAUGCUGAUUCAAAGUUUCUGCAUAUUUAACACGGGUGUGCUUUCUAACAGGAUAAACUAGGCAUUGGUUUAAACAUUCUUCUUGGGCAAAUAGUUUGUGUUGUGUGUUGUCUACAUAAUAAUCUCUUGCUCCAAACCUAUUUUGUAUUUUUACAUAUGCAUUUACUGAAGUAUACUACUACAAUCAUCUGUAAUUUAUUUGUUCAAACAUUUAUAAGAAAAUUAUUUGGGUAGUGAGAAUUUGAGUUUGUAACCCAUAAUACUUGAAAUUGCACAGCGUAUAUAUAUAUAUUAUGCCCAUACCUACAUGUUCUGUUUAUUUCUAUGCAUUCAUGACCCACAACUUAUGCUCUUAAAGAUAUGUGCCCCAUGGUUUUGUUGUUUUAGUUGCAACAACAUGCAGAAUCCUGAUGAAAUUGGAAAGCAACAUUCACACCAUGUGGUCUGAUAAGAGUAUUCUUUAUUAAACCCUAGGUCCUCUUAAGAGGUCUUCUA